AUGACGAGCAACCCCGACGUCCCACCCUUCAUCGGCUACGUUGAAACCACCGUCAACGCCCUACGACUCAUCCAUGCCGCUCGACAGGGCGUCAUACCCCGUAUUACUCGUCGGCUCAACGACACAGAGCGCCGUUCCAUGAUCAAGAGUGGCUCUGUCUUUGUCUUCAGCGUCGAGGAGAGCGGUAUCAAGCGUUGGACAGAUGGUCUCCUUUGGUCACCAUCUCGCAUUGUCGGGAAUUUCUUGGUUUAUCGCGAAAUUCUUGAACGCAACAGCAGUCGCGGACACAAGAAGGCAUUCCCGGCAGACGACCCUAACUCACGAUCGUUGCAGAGGCGCAACUCCCCAGAACACAUCGGCUAUACAAAGCCCAUCAGCAGCAGCGACCACGGAACCUUCAAGCCUGGAGGACUCAUAAAAAAGACGAUUACUGUCACCAUCGACGGCUCCGACCUCCACCUCAUUUCGUACUAUACCCCAGAAGACAUCCGCUCGGGAAAACUAAAGCGUCCUUCAUCGAGGCCUGAUAUCAUGAGCCUGUACAUGCCCCCUCACCUGUUCCGCCUCACCAACUUCCGCGUUCCACCAAAGGUUGAAAUCGGCCCAGAUGGAAAGCCGAGGCUCGUCUGUGAACAAGAAGACAUGCAGGAGAUCCCCGUCGAGUGCAAAGUCGAAGACCAAAUUUACCAGAUUCCCGACUCGCCGUCGUCGUGGGGCAGCGCCAACUCGGCUUCUCCCGUCGACACGCAGUUUCCGAACAACUCCCUUUACCAUGCCAAUGGGGCCGUCGGUAAUUACAGAGGCGCCAGCGACCGCUGGUCCGACGUUAAUUCCCUCACUGGCCGCGGAGACCUUACAUGGAACUCACAUCUGAUCAGACGCCGAGAUUCCCAAGUCGUACAAGACUCCUGGCCAUCUAUCCAUACCCAGUCCAACCGCUGGCAAGACUCUUCCGUUGUGUCUGUCGCGUCUAAUGGUGGCGGCAACUAUCCAGAUCGCACUCGGGUGCGACCUGGACAUCCGUACGAACAAGCAGAUGGCCUCCGCCGCGAUAACAACGGUGUCAGUCGUCGCUCGGAGUCGCAUAGAAUCGCUUGGCACCAUCGAGACGGAUCACACAGCUCCAGGGAUCGACGCAGUCCCAACUCAUCAUUUACGCCUUCUCCGACUAUCCCGUUCGCUGCGCAAGGAUAUCACACUAGCCCCUCAUACACUUCAAGCUGGACCUCCGAUAAUACCUUGAUGGGCUCUACUCCAACUCUUCAUCCCAUUUCCAACGGUUCGGCAUACGACUCGUACUCCUCGAACGGCGGAUCCUCGCUGUCAGGACCCGACGAUUUUGGAUCGGCCGUGGAGGAAUUCGCCCAGGAGGCCUGA